UAAAGUAAACGAAAAGUGUUAGACAGUCUAAAGAUCAGUUUAAACCGCGUCCAUAAUUUAUGUGGUGUUAAUCUUGUAAUGUUAUGUGUACAAUUUUGACGCUUUAUAAACUACAUGUGUAAACCUAAUUAAAGUAAUUAAUUCAUCUAUCGAUUGCUUCUAUUUUUAGUUAAAGUUGUCAUUAUAUGGUCAUUUUUGUGGAGAAACUCGCACAACGCGGUUAUUAGUCUCCGUCAUGAUAUACGGUGCCAACACUGAUCAUGUAUCGGUUAAAAAACUAACGUAAAAUGUCGAUGAAGUGAUUCAAACUUUCCAGACAAUUUGUAUGCCGCUAAUCGUCGGACAAGAGAAAAAUGAUGUGUUAAAAAUAAUAGUCGGGGAGUAGAUGAACUUGAGAUAUUAGUUGAUAAUGGAUAUUUGACCAAUGAAAUCUGAUGGCCUUUGAAGGAUUGGAUUUUAUUGAGGAGCAAGGGGAGGAUUUUGAGAGGGCUUUAGAAAGCACUGGAUUUGGGAAAUUUCACUUUACACUUUUAACAAUAUGCGGACUUAUAUACCUCAAUACAGCUGUCGGAAUCACAAUAAUCUCAUUUGUCCUACCUUCAGCAACUUGCGAUUUUCAAAUGUCUUCAUCGGACAAAGGGUGGUUAACAGCAGCUCCUAUGCUUGGGAUGGUCAUUGGCUCAUAUUUCUGGGGAUGCCUGGCUGAUACUAAAGGAAGAAAAACAGUAUUAAUUGGUGCUCUGCUGAUGGACGGUACAUGCGGCCUUUUGUCCAGCAUAUCUCAGGCAUAUUGGUUGUUUAUGCUCUUUAGGUUUUUGAACGGAUUCGCAAUAACUGGUGCCAUGGGUAUAUGUUUUCCAUAUUUGGGCGAGUUCCAACCUGGAAAAUAUAGAGAAACGAUUUUAUGUUGGAUGGAACUAUUUUGGACUGUAGGUGUAAUAGUAUUACCGGGUAUUGCCUGGAUAAUAAUUCCAAUGGAAUUUGAAUACGUGACGCCUAAUUUCAAAUUUGCAAGUUGGAACUUAUUUGUGGCAGCAUGUUCUAUUCCUAGUAUUUUUAUAGGAUUCUGGCUUUUCUUUUUUCCCGAGAGUCCUAAGUUUUUAUUGGAAUGUGGCGAAGCAGACGCUGCCUUGGAAGUGCUUAGAGAAAUGUAUGCCAGUAACACAGGGGAGAACGCCAUUGAUUUUCCCAUAACAAGCUUAAGAGAAAAAGUUAGAGCCAUGAGUGUAGUGUCGCAACAAUCAACCAGAAGUAUUCGCAGUCUGAGAAUAAGAAAGCCAAAAGAGUUAAAAAUGCUUUUAAGGGAAAUUUGGCAACAAACGAAAGCUCUCUGUAAACCGCCACACUUACGGUAUACUGUAAUUACUUGUUUAAUCCAAUUUGGACUGACGACUAGUUAUUACACAUUAAUGAUAUGGUUCCCCGAAUUAUUUUAUCGAUUUGAGGAAUUCGAAACCCUUCAUCCCAAUAAAAAAGCAUCAGUUUGUGAGGUAUCAUCUGUAGUUGUGUCGGGCAAUGCUACCAUUGUUGAAAAUGAAUUUUGUGGGGAGCCAAUAGCAGAUUCUGUAUUUUUACACACAUUAAUCAUCGGAUUAGCAUGCAUACCUACAAGCUUCUGGUUACCGUUGUGCGUCAGACGAUUAGGCACCAAAUUUUUCUUAGUCUUCAGUUUGUUAGUGGCUAGUGCAGUGACUUUCGGACUCUAUUUCGUAGAUUCUACAAUUUCUAAUUUGGUUUUGUCAUGUAUAUUUGAAGCUCUAACAAGUCUAGGCAUCAGUACUGUGUACUGUGUUAUGGUGGAUUUGUUUCCUACACAUUUAAGGGUAAUGGCAGCAGCAUUAUCAUUAACAUUCGGAAGGGGAGGUGCCCUAAUAGGAAAUCUUUUAUUUGGUUUUCUCAUUGAUCUUAAUUGUGUGGUACCAAUAGUUUUAUUUGCAUCUAUGCUCUUGGGUAGUGGAUUGUUAUGUCUAAUGCUGCCCAGCACUGGUCAUGGAGCUCUCGAAUAACAAAAGUAUUGAAGAAAGCAAAUUAGUAUAGGGUUAAUUUCUCCGUGUGAUUAUGGAUUUUAUAUUUUUUUCAAAACGACAUAAGUCAUAUUUUUGAUAUGAGAACUGGCUCAAAGUCUAUAUUUACACGGUAUACUCUUGUGAUAAUUGUAUAGUAUGCAUAUUUAGGAGUAGAUUUAAGUUGUAUCAUAAACUUGUACAAAAGUUAUGUUAGCAAUUCUUUAUCCUGUUUUAACAUAAAAAUUAACAAACAUGUAGACCUUGGGAAAAUUUAGGUAUUGACUUUUGAUUAGCGUACUUAAUAUAUUUUUCAGCAUUUUUCACCACUCUGAAAUAAAAAAAUCUACAAAGUAUGAAAUACGCUGUUAAAUUAAAGGGUGCUAGCACAUUAUGCUACAUUAUAGCUCAUUUAUUUAUUGAUAUUUAUUUUAUGUUAUAGUAAAAUGGACAUUAUUUUGUUAAAUGCAACAGCAAACAGACAACGCACAACAAAUGUGUCUUAUUAUGAAAAUAUUUUAUUAUGUUAAUAACACAAUAUACAUAUAUCGGAAAAAUUGUUUUUUCUCUUCUUAUAAACUCUUACUGUACUGUUAUAAAAAAGCAAUAAUUAUUAUGUAACACAGCGAGUCAAUAAUUAAAAUUUACAUGUUAUUCAAUUUCUGGAACAAUAGAUGUUUGAAUAGUAGGGGAAAUUACUAUUCUUACAGUACUUGUGAUUGUAGAACCUGGUUUACCAGGAUGCAGUAAUAUAAUAGGAUCACCAUCUUUAGUAAUUCCAGUUUCUGCGGCAAACUGAAUACCGUAUUCAAGUCUUUUUUCCAUAUCACAGCACCAGUUGUCAAGUCGUGGUUUUCUAUAAUAUAAUGGCACAACAGCUCUGCACAACUGUAACUGAUUUACUGUAUCAAGUUUUCUAGUAACAGCCAGUAUAGAACAUCUGGGAAAAUAUUUGGAGAGCAACUGAGCCGUUUUCCCCGAUUGAGUUAUACAAAUUAUUGUAGAUGCUAGACAUACAUACGAAGCUAAAACUGCCGAAAUAGCUAUGGCAUCAGUUAUAUAAGUUGGAACCUUAACGGUUUUAAGUACAUCUCUAAAGUGUCUUUUAUAAAAAAAUCCUAAUUCACCAAUUUUUAAGCAGCGAUCUAAAACUUUGCAAACUUCUGUAGGGUAUUUUCCCGUUGUUGUCUCACUGUGAGUCAUGAGUGAUGACCCUCCGUCCAUUGCUAAAUUUGCAACAUCCCCAACUUCUGCAUAAGUGGGUGUAACUUGUGUGGCCAUUUCUGUCACGAACUGCCCCAACACACAGAUUGGUGUCCCUGAAAUAUUUGCUUUGGAUAUUAAUGAUUUCUGUACAAUUGGCACUUUGCGCCAUCCGAUUGUAUAUCCUAGAUAACCUCUUCCUACAAAUACGCCAUCAACCACUGGCAAAAUUGAGUCUAUAUUGCAGACGCCUAAAACAUGUUUUAUUUAGGAUAAUAAUAUGAUUAUUAUAAGCGUGAGAUUGUCAUGAUGUUAUAUAUUGGAAUAAAAUUUAUUUACCUUCCCAA